UCGACUGGCAUAAUUCCCACUACUACUACUACUACAGGCGUAAUUCCCACUACUACUACUAUUACUACUACUCCACCAGUACUAAGAGCGGCUGCUGAAUUCUGUCGUCACUAACGUAGAAGUGACGCCGUUUUAUCAAUCGGCCCGAACCUUUUUUUUUCUCUCUCCCCAUUAUUUUUCCCAGCCAUGUCUCGGAGAAACUACUGGAGUCGAAAUGAAAUUAGUAUGUUUAUAAAAUAUACCUUAUUUUCGCUCAACUUUCUAUUUUGGGUUGGUGGAGUUUUGUUUGUUGCUUUAUCAACAUGGCUGUUGAUAGAUAAAAACAAGCUGGUCCGAAAUUGGAUGGAAUUUUUCUUGGAUCCAGUUUCGCUGAUUUGCUUAUCUGGUGGCAUUGUUGUGUUUGUAGCGUUCUUUGGAUGUAUGGGAUCAUUGCGAGAAAAGACCUGUUUCCUUCAUGUGUAUGAAAUUAGUAUGGUUGUCGUCCUAAUAUGUGAAAUUGUCCUCUCCCUGUUCUUUUUUGUCAUUUAUUCCAAACCUGGUUUAAUGACUGAAAUCAAUAUGGAGAAAUUCUUCAAAGGUGUUGUUAAAUCAUACAGAGAAGACCUUGAUCAACAAAACUUCAUUGAUAAUUUCCAACAGAAGCUGGAAUGCUGUGGCAUGAAUGAUGAUCCAAACACUGGUUACAAAGAUUGGAACAGUAACAUGUACUUCACCUGUAGUGCCAAUAAUACCAGCCCAGAGAAAUGUUCUGUACCCUUUUCAUGUUGCAAGAAGAAGGAAAAUGGUCUCAUAAAUUUAAAAUGUGGCAACAAAAUGUUAGAUGACAAUAUGUUUAGUAAAUUUGGUUCUGCUAUCAACACCAGAGGAUGCCAGUAUGCAAUCAGAAUGUGGAUAACAAAUAACAUGCUAAAACUAGGUGGCAUCAUACUUGGAAUUCUCGUCCCACAGUUUUUCCUAAUCCAUCUUGUACGUGCAUUCAAGUCACAGAUUGCCCAUCAGCGUGCCAAAUUAAAGAGAAGUGAAAUGCUAUUACUUCAAGUGGAAGGACAUGGGGACAUUUCUCAUAUUUCAUAAUCUUUGUGUAAUUUGCUAAAAGAAAUUCUUGGAUUUAAAAAAGAAACAUUUUUUUUUUUUUUGGUUUUCUAAAUUAAAUCUGGUUUUCAAAAGGAAAGAACAGAUGACACACACACGCACACACACACACACACACACGCACACACACACACAACACACACACACACACACACACACACACGCACACACACACGCACACACACACGCACACACACACACACGCACACACACACACGCACACACACACACACACACACACACACAUGUACAAUAACAACUGUGCUUUGUUUUUCAUUUUACUUCGGUCAGAAGGAGACAAAAAAAAUUUUCACAUAAUGCAAUCUUUUAUGUAAAUUCUUGGGGAAAUUGGUUUAAAUGUUUUAUUUUAUAUUUUGAUUUUAAUUUUUUAAAAAUUCUGGUUUUCAGAAAUGAAAACAAUUAUAAUGCAUCACAAACACACAUAUAUAUUUAUGUGUGCAUAUAUAUAUAUAUAUAUAUACAUAUAUAUGUACAAUCAGUAACUGCAAAAGCUUCUACAAGCCAAUGAAGGCAAUCUAUGAGGUUGUCCAGCAUGCUAGAAAAAGCAGUCAAGUUUCCCUUAACCUCCCCCACCAUUUUACUUCAUAAAAGAAGGGCGACACAAUAUUUUUUUUUAAAUGAGCUUAAUCACAGAAAUUUUAAUUAACUGAAAUUGCAACAUAUAUUUGCACAAAUCUCACGUCUAUUUUACCACUAAACUCUUAUUUUAAACAUUAGAAAGUAAUAAAAUAGAUGAGCCAAAAAGGAGGAAAUCCUUAAUAAGACUAAUUAGAAUACAAAUGACAUUUUAAUUACAUAUUUUUUAUUCAUAUUUUGUUUUUCCCAGAGGGCUUUUAUUUAUUUAUUUUUUCUUAAAUUAGUUUAAGAAUUAAUAAUUUGGAAGCGACUUUUAUAACAAAACAUUUAUUGUCCCUGAUCUUCAACUCAACACAUCCCUUCCAUCAUGACAAGGGCUAUCAAGAAGGUUGGGGGCCCUAUAUUGAGCAAAUGAGGGUGCUUCUAUGUGGGUACUUGACGAGCUAGAAAUAGUAAGCAUCAUUCCCUUUAAUCACACCCUUUGAUCCUUAUAUAUGAAAAGACAUUCAUGCUAGAACACCUUUGAUCAUAGGUCUUUUCAACCAAGGCAGACCUGUGGUUAAACAACAACCACUGACAACAUACAAUACUAGAAUGUUCUCAACAAUCAUUCUCCCACUCCUCAAUUGUCAUCACUAGCAACAACAACAACAAAUAAAGAUAUCUUUAUGUUGUUGAUUGCCUGCUAGAAAUAGCAGCAAAAUUUACCUUUAAUUACACCCAGCAAUCUUAUAAAAAAAAAACACAUUGAGCAAAUAGUCCUAAAUCUUGGGGUGGGUUGUGGGGGGCAAAAAGGGGCAGGAUGGCCAUAGCUGGAAUGCCUUUGAUCAAAAGUCUACUUAGUAGUGUUAAACAACAACAUCUCUCCCCACCUCUGCCUUCUAAUUUAUUACAACUACUGCCGCCACCACUACUACUAGCGACAAUACUGUAAUAUCUUCAGCACCCUUCUUCCACUUCAUCAUGUCUACUACUACCACCACCACCACCACCCAUACCAACAAGUACUUAAUUGUCCAAA